AUGUCUCUACAGGAGGAGGUGAAGGUGAAGAUGAAGGAGCUGAACGAGCACAUCGUGUGCUGCCUGUGUGCCGGGUACUUCAUCGACGCCACCACCAUCACCGAGUGCCUGCACACGUUCUGCAAGAGCUGCAUCGUCAAGUACCUGCAGACCAGCAAGUACUGCCCCAUGUGCAACACCAAGAUCCACGAGACGCAGCCGCUGCUCAACCUCAAGCUGGACCGCGUCAUGCAGGACAUCGUCUACAAGCUGGUGCCCGGCCUGCAGGAGA